GGGGUCGGCGGGAUCGGCGGACGGGGGCAGCGCGGGCUCGGGCUUCCCGGCCCCUCGCGGCAGAGCCGGCAGCGCCGCGCCCCAGCCGCCGCCCGCCACAGCCGCCGGAGGGAGUUGGGGUCCGCCGGGCGCGGGCAGGGCCCCGGCACCCCGCCUCCGCGCCUCCCCGGGGGCUCCGCUCCGGAUUUCCAAAUUUACAGGAUGGCUGGACAUUAAUGGAAAGAGAAGCAUAAACUUACCUUCUUUCACUAUGGAUGCAGGUUUGGCAGAUGGAGAACCCGAUCAAACUUCGCUUCUUGGUGAUAGCAAAGAUGUCCUUGGGCCAUCAACUGUGGUAGCAAACAGUGACGAAUCUCAACUUCUGACACCAGGAAAGAUGAGUCAGCGCCAAGGGAAAGAAGCUUAUCCAACGCCAACCAAAGAUUUGUAUCAGCCAUCUUUUAGUCCAGCAAGUCCUCAUAGUCAGGGUUUUGAAAGAGGAAAGGAAGACAUUUCUCAAAAUAAAGAUGAAUCUUCACUUUCUAUGUCAAAGAGCAAGUCUGAAUCUAAACUUUAUAAUGGCUCGGAGAAGGAUAGUUCUGCUUCAAGCAAGCUCACAAAAAAAGAAUCUCUCAAGGUGCAAAAGAAAAAUUACCGAGAAGAAAAGAAAAGAGCCACAAAGGAGUUACUCAGUACAAUCACAGAUCCUUCUGUUAUUGUUAUGGCUGAUUGGUUGAAGAUUCGUGGUACUCUAAAGAGCUGGACCAAGUUGUGGUGUGUUUUGAAACCUGGGGUGCUACUGAUCUAUAAAACCCAAAAAAAUGGUCAGUGGGUUGGAACAGUUCUUCUGAAUGCCUGUGAAAUCAUUGAGCGUCCAUCAAAAAAGGAUGGCUUUUGUUUUAAACUUUUUCAUCCUUUGGAGCAGUCUAUUUGGGCAGUGAAGGGUCCAAAAGGUGAAGCAGUUGGAUCUAUAACUCAGCCCUUACCUAGCAGUUACCUGAUCAUCCGAGCCACUUCAGAGUCAGAUGGAAGGUGCUGGAUGGAUGCUUUGGAGUUGGCUUUGAAAUGUUCUAGUCUUCUUAAACGUACAAUGAUCAGGGAAGGAAAGGAACACGACCUGAGCAUUUCAUCAGAGAGCACACAUGUGACUUUGUAUGGCUUAUUACGUGCUAACAAUCUCCAUAGCGGUGACAACUUUCAGUUAAAUGAUAGUGAAAUUGAACGACAGCAUUUUAAGGACCAAGAUAUGUAUUCUGAUAAAUCCGAUAAAGAAAAUGAUCAAGAGCAUGAUGAGUCUGAUAAUGAGGUGAUGGGGAAAAGUGAAGAAAGUGAUACAGAUACAUCAGAAAGGCAGGAUGACUCUUAUAUCGAACCUGAGCCCAUUGAGCCUUUAAAAGAGACUACCUACACUGAACAGAGCCAUGAAGAACUAGGAGAGGCAGGUGAGGCUUCUCAAACAGAAACUGUGUCUGAAGAAAAUAAAAGCCUCAUCUGGACAUUGCUGAAACAGGUCCGUCCUGGCAUGGACUUGUCCAGGGUGGUUCUGCCUACAUUUAUUUUGGAACCUCGCUCUUUCCUGGAUAAACUUUCAGAUUACUACUAUCAUGCAGAUUUCUUAUCUGAGGCUGCUCUUGAAGAAAAUCCUUAUUUCCGUUUGAGGAAAGUAGUAAAAUGGUAUUUGUCAGGAUUCUAUAAAAAGCCAAAGGGACUGAAGAAACCUUACAAUCCUAUACUUGGUGAGACUUUCCGUUGUUUGUGGAUUCAUCCCAGAACAAACAGCAAAACUUUUUAUAUUGCUGAACAGGUGUCCCAUCAUCCACCAAUAUCUGCCUUUUAUGUUAGUAAUCGAAAGGAUGGAUUUUGCCUUAGUGGGAGUAUCCUGGCUAAGUCCAAGUUCUAUGGAAACUCAUUGUCUGCAAUAUUAGAAGGAGAAGCACGAUUAACUUUCUUGAAUAGAGGUGAAGAUUAUGUCAUGACAAUGCCAUAUGCUCAUUGUAAAGGAAUUCUUUAUGGCACAAUGACACUGGAGCUUGGUGGAAUAGUCAAUAUUACAUGUCAAAAAACUGGAUACAGUGCAAUACUUGAAUUCAAACUAAAGCCAUUUCUAGGUAGUAGUGACUGUGUUAAUCAAAUAUCAGGGAAACUUAAAUUGGGAAAAGAAGUCCUAGCUACUUUGGAAGGCCAUUGGGAUAGUGAAGUUUUUAUUAAUGACAAAAAAACUGAUAAUUCAGAGGUUUUCUGGAACCCAACACCAGACAUUAAGCAGUGGAGAUUAAUAAGGCAUACUGUAAAAUUUGAAGAGCAGGGAGAUUUUGAAUCCGAGAAACUCUGGCAGCGGGUAACUCGAGCCAUAAAUGCCAAAGACCAAACAGAAGCUACUCAAGAGAAGUAUGUUUUAGAAGAAGCUCAAAGACAAGCUGCCAGAGAUCGGAAAACAAAAAGUGAGGAGUGGACAUGCAAGUUAUUUGAACUUGAUCCACUCACAGGAGAAUGGCAUUACAAGUUUGCAGAUACUAGACCAUGGGACCCACUUAAUGAUAUGAUACAGUUCGAAAAAGAUGGUGUUAUCCAGACCAAAGUGAAACAUCGCACUCCAAUGGUUAGUGUCCCCAAAAUGAAACAUAAGCCAACCAGGCAACAGAAGAAAGUGGCAAAAGGCUAUUCUUCCCCAGAACCUGAUAUCCAGGACUCAUCUGGAAGUGAAGCUCAAUCAGUGAAACCAAAUACAAGAAGAAAGAAAGGGAUAGAACUGGGAGACAUUCAAAAUUCCAUUGAAUCUAUAAAACAAACACAGGAAGAAAUUAAAAGAAAUAUUAUGGCUCUUCGAAAUCAUUUAGUUUCAAGCGCACCUGCCACGGAUUAUUUUCUGCAACAAAAAGACUACUUCAUCAUUUUCCUCCUGAUUUUGCUUCAAGUCAUAAUAAACUUCAUGUUUAAGUAG